UAUGGACAGCGUAAGUAGUUACGCGAUAGACUCUGGUGUGUUUGGCGCUGAUCCUAACCAAAACAUGAAUGGUGACGUCGAUCCAGCAACCCAGAAAAGGAGAAUGGAGAUCAUAAAGGAAAUCCUGGACAACUUCGAUUUAGAAGAAACUAAAGAACGCUACAGAUCUCUGAACAACUCCGAAUAUACCAUGGAUGUAAACAAUCUAAGUAUAGACAGUUCAAUGGAAGGACUGCGUACGAAAGAGAGGAUGCAGUACCUGAUGGGGAGUGAUGUGAUUCAGGUUGGGGACAAAGUGUACAAUGAUAGGCUGAGGGAAAGACUUCAAGAGGAAUAUAAUGCGAAGAUGGACCAACGGGAACAAGAGCUCUCCCAACAGGAGAAGAGGCGUGUGCGUCGAUUGGUGCUUCAAGGCGUUUUGCAUAGUUCGGACGAGGAUGAGGGGGCAUGUUUACAUGACAACAGACAUAAUACAACGAAUCAUAAGCAUACGAAUAAGAAGAAGAAAAAAUCUCCAAGAAGAAGCCGAUCGCAGGGUGGACAUAGUCAGGACACGCAAUCCACGUCUAGCUCGAUAGAGGGCACUAUGGACGACAAUGCUUCAUUGCAGAGCGAUACGUUAUCGCAGUAUCUGGACACAGAAGACUCCGCUAUGAAGACAUACCUUAGUAUGGAUCAACAACAUAUCUCAAAAGAGUCUUCACACACCAAGAAACAAUCAACCAUGGAGAGAACACAAGAUAGAUGUCACCCUAAUACUAAUAUAGAUCACGUGGCAUCAUCCAAUCAGCGUGAUCAAGAUACUGGACGUGAAGAUGGACUUACUCCUAGGAAUCAGGACCAUCACGAUCCUAUCGUACGUAAGCUGCAUACAGAAGAGACAGUUCAAGGACUCUACAGGCUGGCCAAUAUUCUCGUCACACCAAGAUCUGACAAGCGUUCUUAGAAAAACCUACUGCUACUCAUCUCAUCCAAAUUUGGGAGCGCCGAGCGUUCCAUUGCUUAGUGCUCAAAUGUCCUAGAACGAAAUCCUAGAACAAUAAAAUAAAAAAUAAAACAAACAUUACUUGACCAUCCUUCAUUCAAAGGACUUCAUUUAUUACUCAAUUCAGAAAGAAAGAAGUGAAAUACCCUUGGACCAAUAGGAUGUACUUGACAACAAUACAAAUAACUUCAAUAAUU